AAUAUAAGCUCAUUAUCUUUCACUUCCUGAAAAAAGAGGGGAGAAGAAGAAGAAAUUCUCCUGCACAACAUCAAAACUCAUAGAGAAUCAGAAAAAAAUUCAUACCCUUUUGCUUCCUGAUUCUGUUUUCUCUUCCUCUUGAAUUUAAUAACAGAGAGGAGAAACUGAGGAAUCUGUUUUUUGAGUUGCUUGUUGUGAGAUUUUACCAACAAUGGCUUCUCUUGUAUCUACACCAUUUAGAUUACCAUCUUCAAAAGCUGAUAAUCUCUCUUCACUUUCUCAAAAACAUUACUUUCUUCACUCGUUUCUCCCCAAGAAAACCGUACACACGAAUGCCAAACCUUUCUCGAAACUAAAAUGUGCUGCAAUUGGCAAUGGCCUUUUCACACAAACAACCCCUGAAGUCCGCCGGAUUGUGCCUGAAAAUAAACAGAAUCUACCCACAGUGAAAAUUGUCUACGUUGUCCUUGAAGCCCAGUACCAAUCUUCACUCACUGCUGCUGUUCAAUCGUUAAACAAGAGCUCCACAUUUGCUUCAUAUGAAGUGGUGGGUUACUUGGUUGAGGAGCUUCGCGAUGAAUCCACGUACAAAACUUUCUGCAAGGAUCUUGAAGAUGCAAAUAUCUUUAUUGGGUCUUUGAUUUUUGUUGAGGAGCUAGCUUUGAAAGUUAAGGCUGCUGUGGAGAAAGAGAGGGACAGGCUUGAUGCAGUCUUGGUGUUCCCUUCAAUGCCUGAGGUAAUGAGACUUAACAAAUUGGGUUCUUUUAGUAUGUCACAGCUUGGCCAAUCAAAGAGUCCUUUCUUCCAAUUGUUCAAGAGAAAGAAACAAGGUGCAGGAUUUGCUGAAAGCAUGUUGAAAUUGGUGAGAACCUUGCCAAAAGUUUUAAAGUAUUUGCCUAGUGACAAGGCUCAAGAUGCUAGGCUUUAUAUCUUGAGUUUGCAGUUUUGGCUUGGUGGAUCGCCUGAUAACUUGCAGAAUUUCUUGAAAAUGAUAUCUGGGUCUUAUGUGCCUGCAUUGAAAAGUAAAAAGAUCGAGUAUUCUGAUCCAGUUCUCUUCUUAGAUAGUGGAAUUUGGCACCCUUUGGCUCCAACAAUGUACGAUGAUGUGAAGGAGUAUUUGAAUUGGUAUGGAACUAGAAGGGAUGCUAAUGAGAAGCUUAAAGACCCUAAUGCACCUGUUAUUGGGUUGGUCUUGCAAAGAAGUCAUAUUGUAACUGGUGAUGAUGGUCACUAUGUGGCUGUGAUCAUGGAGUUGGAGGCAAGAGGUGCAAAAGUUAUACCAAUUUUCGCAGGUGGCCUUGACUUUUCAGGGCCAGUUGAGAGGUUUUUGAUUGAUCCAGUUACUAAGAAACCAAUGGUGAAUUCAGUGGUUUCAUUGACUGGUUUUGCUCUUGUUGGAGGUCCAGCAAGGCAGGACCAUCCUAGAGCUGUUGAGGCAUUGAUGAAGCUUGAUGUGCCUUACAUUGUUGCUUUGCCUUUGGUGUUUCAAACAACUGAAGAAUGGUUAAAUAGUACUUUGGGACUGCACCCAAUUCAGGUGGCUUUGCAAGUUGCUCUUCCUGAGCUUGAUGGUGGUAUGGAACCCAUUGUUUUUGCCGGCCGGGACCCAAGAACAGGGAAAUCACAUGCUCUUCACAAGAGAGUGGAGCAACUUUGCACCAGGGCAAUCAGAUGGGCUGAACUGAAAAGGAAAUCCAAGGCUGAGAAGAAGUUAGCAAUCACUGUAUUCAGUUUUCCUCCAGACAAGGGAAAUGUCGGGACAGCAGCCUACCUGAACGUCUUCUCUUCCAUCUUCUCAGUUCUAAAGGACCUCAAGAAAGAUGGUUACAAUGUUGAGGGCCUUCCAGAGACUUCAGAAGCUUUAAUUGAAGAUAUAAUUCAUGAUAAAGAGGCUCAAUUUAGCAGUCCAAACCUGAACAUUGCUUACAAAAUGGGUGUUCGUGAAUACCAAAGUCUUACUCCCUAUGCGACAGCAUUGGAAGAGAACUGGGGAAAACCUCCAGGCAAUUUGAAUUCUGAUGGAGAGCAUCUCUUGGUGUACGGAAAACAGUAUGGCAAUGUCUUUAUCGGAGUCCAGCCUACUUUUGGCUACGAGGGUGAUCCUAUGCGGCUUCUGUUCUCCAAAUCUGCUAGCCCGCAUCACGGAUUUGCAGCUUAUUACUCCUUUGUGGAGAAAAUUUUCAAUGCUGAUGCAGUACUUCAUUUUGGUACUCAUGGUUCACUUGAAUUCAUGCCAGGAAAGCAAGUAGGAAUGAGCGAUGUGUGUUAUCCUGACAGUCUCAUCGGGAAUAUCCCCAAUGUCUACUAUUAUGCAGCUAAUAACCCGUCUGAAGCCACCAUAGCCAAACGUCGAAGCUAUGCUAACACGAUUAGCUAUUUGACGCCUCCAGCUGAAAAUGCUGGUCUUUACAAGGGCCUCAAGCAGUUGAGUGAGCUCAUCUCCUCAUACCAGUCACUUAAAGACACAGGCCGCGGACCACAAAUUGUAAGCUCUAUUAUUAGCACUGCAAAGCAAUGUAAUCUUGACAAGGAUGUCGAACUUCCUGAUGAGGGGAAGGAGAUCUCUGCAAAGGAGAGAGAUCUUGUGGUAGGAAAAGUAUACUCCAAGAUUAUGGAGAUUGAGUCUCGGCUUUUGCCAUGUGGGCUUCAUGUCAUCGGGGAGCCACCAUCUGCCAUGGAAGCAAUUGCAACUUUAGUCAAUAUUGCUGCACUGGACCGUCCUGAAGAUGGGAUUUCUUCACUCCCAGCUAUUUUAGCUGAAACUGUUGGACGAAACAUAGAGGAAGUGUAUAGAGGUAGUGACAAAGGAAUCUUGAAGGAUGUAGAGCUUCUUCGGCAAAUAACUGAGGCAUCACGUGGUGCUAUCUCUGCCUUUGUUGAGAGAACAACAAAUAAGAAGGGUCAAGUUGUGGAUGUUACUAAUAAGCUAAGCUCAAUCCUUGGAUUUGGUGUCAAUGAACCAUGGAUCCAAUACUUGUCAGACACCAAAUUUUACCGGGCAGAUAGAGAGAAACUGAGAAUAUUGUUCCAGUUCCUUGGAGAAUGUUUGAAAUUGGUUGUUGCUGAUAAUGAGUUGGGGAGUCUGAAACAAGCUUUGGAAGGCAAAUAUGUGGAGCCAGGUCCUGGUGGUGACCCAAUUAGAAACCCAAAGGUGUUGCCAACGGGGAAGAAUAUUCAUGCAUUGGACCCACAAGCCAUCCCUACAACAGCGGCAAUGCAGAGUGCAAAAAUUGUGGUGGAUAGGUUAAUUGAGAGGCAGAAGGCUGACAAUGGUGGAAAGUAUCCCGAGACAGUUGCACUAGUAUUGUGGGGAACUGAUAACAUCAAGACUUAUGGUGAGUCCCUAGCUCAGGUCUUGUGGAUGAUUGGAGUGACGCCAGUUGCGGAUACCUUCGGCAGAGUUAACCGGGUGGAACCAGUUAGUCUUGAAGAGCUUGGAAGGCCUAGGAUUGAUGUUGUUGUCAAUUGCUCGGGCGUUUUCAGAGAUCUUUUCAUCAACCAGAUGAACCUCUUGGACCGUGCAGUGAAGAUGGUGGCUGAACUUGAUGAGCCAGCUGACCAAAACUAUGUCAGGAAGCAUGCUCUAGAACAAGCUGAAGCCCUUGGCAUUGAUGUUCGAGAAGCUGCAACUCGAGUAUUCUCUAAUGCCUCCGGGUCCUACUCUUCAAACAUAAACCUUGCAGUGGAGAAUUCUUCAUGGAAUGAUGAAAAUCAACUUCAAGACAUGUACUUGAGCCGGAAGUCCUUUGCCUUUGACAGCGAUGCUCCAGGCGCAGGCAUGAUGGAGAAAAGAAAAGUGUUCGAAAUGGCUCUGAGCACAGCAGAUGCCACGUUCCAAAACCUCGACUCUUCAGAAAUUUCUCUCACUGAUGUGAGCCACUACUUUGAUUCAGAUCCAACAAACCUAGUGCAGAACUUGAGGAAGGAUAAAAAGAAGCCUAGUGCAUACAUAGCAGACACAACAACAGCUAAUGCUCAGGUUCGCACACUUGCUGAGACUGUACGGCUCGAUGCACGAACCAAAUUGCUGAACCCGAAGUGGUAUGAAGGGAUGAUGUCCAGUGGAUAUGAGGGCGUUCGCGAAAUUGAGAAGCGGCUAACAAAUACAGUUGGAUGGAGUGCAACUUCCGGCCAAGUCGACAACUGGGUAUAUGAAGAGGCAAACUCAACUUUCAUUCAAGAUGAGGACAUGCUGAACAAACUCAUGAGCACUAAUCCAAACUCAUUCAGGAAGCUAGUGCAGACAUUCCUAGAGGCCAAUGGCCGUGGUUAUUGGGAAACUUCACAGGAAAACAUUGAGAAGUUGAGACAGCUCUACUCAGAAGUUGAAGACAAGAUUGAAGGCAUUGAUAAGUAAACAAAUAGCUAGUUUGGCGAUCAAAGUGCAAAUAUUGAUUCACAUUGUUGAUUUAGCCGAUGAGCAUGAGCUGUUCCUCGCUUGAGAUGUAAAAAUUGUUCAUAAAAACAGGGUGGUAAUUCAGUCAUCUUUUUCAGA